CACGUGGAAUCGUGAGCUGCGAUGAGGCGUAAGCAGCAUGGUGCCCCAGUCUGGUCACAGCGGUGCUGACAUGUAAAGGGCUGGACCCUCCUGAUGGGUGUGGACGAAGACGCUUCUUAUCCGUCUGACUCGUGACUGCGGGAGGAAGAAAGCUUCUCCAGCUGCAGCCAGGAGACGAUCACAAUGGACCCCUCAGACCACAAGUACUUCACGGUGGUGGACUAUGUGGUGUUUGCCGUCUUGCUCGCCGCCUCCAUGGGCAUCGGCCUGUACUACGCUCUGUCCGGUGGCCGUCAGCGCACCACACAGGAGUUCCUGAUGGCAGACAGGAACAUGCACUGUCUUCCUGUUUCCCUGUCGCUCAUCGCCUCGUUCCAGUCCGCCGUGGCGAUAAUCGGCGUGCCGGCGGAGAUCUACACCCACGGGACUCAGUACUGGUUCAUCGGCUGUGCCUACUUUCUGGGUCUUCUCAUUCCAGCUCAAGUUUACAUUCCAGUGUUCUACAGACUGCGGCUCUUCAGCACUUACGAGUAUCUAGAAAUGCGCUUCAGUAAAGCAGUGCGUAUCUGUGGAACUUUGACCUUCAUCUGUCAAAUGGUUAUCUAUAUGGGAGUCUGUGUGUAUACUCCUGCCUUUGCACUAAAUGCAGUUACUGGGUUUGAAUUGUGGGGAACAGUGCUGGCCACUGGGCUCGUGUGCACGUUGUACACAACCAUGGGUGGUUUGAAGGCUGUCAUCUGGACAGACGUCUUUCAGACGCUUGUGAUGUUCGCGGGGCAGCUGGCUGUCAUCGUGGUCGGGGUGCAGAAGUCUGGAGGAGUGUCGGAAGUUUGGAGGAAAGUCUGGGAGGGAAACCGCAUCUCUGGUCUCGAUCUGAACCCCGAUCCUACAGAGAGACACACGUUCUGGACUCUGGGGGUCGGCGGGAUCUUCCUCAUGCUGUCCCUGUACGGAGUGAACCAGACUCAGGUGCAGAGAUAUCUCAGCUCGCGCACAGAGAAGGAGGCUGUCAGGUCCUGCUACAUGGUGUUUCCCUCCUUGCAGCUGGCUCUGGCUCUCAGCUGCGUGAUGGGCCUUGUCAUGUUUGCAUGUUACUGUGGUGAAGAUCACUCCGACAAACAGGCCUCCCACUCCACAGAUGCGAUGGUGUUAUACUUUGUGAUGGACAUGCUGCAGGGUCUGCCUGGCCUGCCCGGACUGUUUGUUGCUUGUCUAUUCAGUGCAGCUCUCAGCACAAUCUCCUCGGCCUUCAACUCUUUGGCCACUGUGACGAUGGAAGACCUCAUCAAACCACAUUUUCCAGCCAUGACGGAGGCCAGAGCGAUCCUGCUGUCCAAAGCCUUAGCUAUGUCCUAUGGGCUGCUGUGUCUGGCAAUGGCCUAUCUCACCCACCUGAUGGGUGAUUCAGUUCUACAGGUGGCUUUAAAAAUCUUCGGGAUGGUCGGGGGUCCUAUUCUGGGUGUGUUCUCUCUCGGGAUGUUUUUCCCCUGGGCCAACUCCACUGGAGCCUUGGCAGGUCUGGGCGCCGGUCUCUCCGUGGCUUUGUGGGUCGGCAUCGGGAGCAUCUUCACUCGUAGCCCCAGCACGAGGCCGCUGCCGCCUAACUGCAGAGGGGACCUGCUGUCAGACAACCUGACUGCUGUCAUUCAGACUGCAAUCAGCAGCAAUCUGAGCCGACCCUCUGGAUUGAAGAGGUUUUAUUCACUGUCCUACAUGUGGUACAGUGCGUUUAACUGCUUCACAGUCAUUGUGAUAGGCCUGGUCAUCAGCUUUCUCACAGGUCCUAUGAAAGAGGAGGAUGUGACACCAGGCACAGUCUUUCCCUUGAUGGGGAAACUGCUGUGUUUUCUACCUGAACACCUGAAAAAGAAGCUGUGCUGUGUGACUCCACUGGGACAGACGCUCUCGUCACAACAAACGCAGCCUCCGCAGUCCAAAGAAAGUAACGGAUCGGCCUCACGACAAGAGGACGGAGCACCUCAGGAAGAGAUGGAGAGCUUUCUUCCGGAUGCUCAAACGCCUUACGUGGAGCAUGAAACAGCCGUGUGAUGAAGUCUCUCGUGUGUCGGGUUAGAAAACCUCCUCGGACAGAGCACGUGGCCAAACAACACAAUCGUAUACUGUUGAAUUCAUGGUUAGAGAUUGAGAUUUGCACUGUGCUAAUGCUUCUGCGCGCUGAAAGCUAAACAAUGUUUAGUCGGAAGUUGUAUUUGAAAAAUCGACUGGCCUCUUCAUGGGUUUCAUAAAAGACGUACGAUCGUGCAGCUGAGCCUCAGAGGUUGACUCAUAAUCACAUGUUUGAUUUUCAUACCGUAUCUGUGGAUCCUCAGGUGAACGAUCACUGUUUCACAAGCUGUUGGGUCCAAACAUGUAAAUAUGCUGCUGUCUGAGAAUAAACAUCCAGUGAACUUUAUAUCAACAGAAAUGUUUUAUAGCUGGAUUUUCUACUGCACAUACUUGACUGUUGUUCAGCACUACUGCAGCUUCAUGAAUGUUAUUAAAAAAAACGUUUCUGAGAAAGAAUAAAGAUUUUGUAUUUAA